UAGCCGACAACAAGAACGAAUCGUAAUGAGGCUUACAAUUUGCAUUGGAUGUCUAACGAUAGCAUUCGUCUGGGGACAGCUCCCUCCAGAUAUAGAGAAAUGUCAGGCUGGAGAUGCGAUCUGCAUUGCGCAAACUAUCACCCACAUCUUGCAGUCCCAUCCCAAGGGAAUAGCCGCCAUAGGACUGGAUGCUGUGGAUGCCAUUAGCUUUGAGAACGUGAUCGUUAGCCGGCGGGAAACCUCAAAGUUGGACUUGAAAUUCCAUACCCUCACCGUGCGAGGCUUUGAGAACACAACAGUGCUGGAUGCCAAGGGAUUCGAUGCAGAGAUGCCACGUGUCUUCGAGCUGAGUGCCUUUACACCACUGCUGAGACUUGAGGGCGAGUACGAGACCCAAGGCAUACUCCUAACGAUGCCCAUCCAGGGUCGGGGACAGGCGCUGGUUGAGCUAAAGGAUUGCCAGCUUCGUUGCAAGGUGAGGGUUGUGGAAGAGCAUCGUUUGGAUGGCAAACACUAUAUGGAAAUACCAAAGAUCAAGUGUUUGGUGGAUGUUCAGAGCAUGCACAUAAACUUUGAGAAUUUGUUCAACAACAAGGAGCUGAGUGACACCAUGAAUGAUUUGGCCAACAACAAUUGGUUUGAAAUUUGGAAAACACUGCGAAAAGGCAUCAAUUCGGCAUUGGAUCAGGUGGCCGGCACGAUACUUAGACGAGUGGCCAAUAAAUUGUCUUAUGAUGAUUUCUUUCAAGUUUAGAAUUAAAUGUUGCCUUGAAUAAAUUAAAGAUUGAGUAA